AUGGAUUCAGAGCUGAAACCUUUCACAUUUCAAACCCUGUCCAGAGUUUCUUUCUUUUCACCUGCAGAGGAGAAGUGUUAUGACCCUCGAGACAAAACACUCACUUUUGUCGAUGGAGAUGAUGAUUUAGACUUUUUGUGCAAUGACUACAAGUCUCUCAGAGCAAAGAUGUCCUGUGGCCAUGCAGUCACUCCGAUGUCUCUCACAGACUGGUGCUCCCAUCUGCUGGACCAGGGUGAGUGCAGAUUUGUGUGUGGCCAAACCAACUGCAGCGUUGAGUGGAAGUUCGAGGAAGUUUGUAAAAUGGCUCUACUGACACCCGGAGAGAUGAAGUACUUUGAAGAUAAAAUGUUUAGUAACGGUGCUAAGGCUUUCUUGAAUAUCAAAUCAUGCCCUGGUUGCAACUGCAAUGUGGUGAGAACUGACCUCUCUGAUCUGAGUGUCAAAUGCACAGUGUGCACAGCUGAUAAGAAAAGGAGAUAUCUAUUCUGCUGGCAGUGUUUGAAGGAAUGGAAAGGUCCUGCUCCUCGCUCAGACUGCUGUGAAAACGUUGACUGUCAAAGCCCUCCGGCAAUAUUGAAGAGCUGCCCUGAUAUCACCUUCCAGGACGUGAAGGAGGUCACUGGCUGUCCCUCCAUCCGGGCCUGUCCCACCUGUGGUGUGCUGGUGGAGCACAACAGAAUGAAAUGUAAAAACCUCAUCUGCUCCCGGUGUAAAGUGGAGUUCUGUUUUGUGUGCCUGAAGCUCACUAGAGAGUGCCAGAAGUUAAAGCCAAGUUCAUAUUACAAAUCUUGCUCCAGUGGUGUUGCACCGAGACAGACCUCCAUACCUGUGUGGAGGAAUAAGUAGGCCACGUCUGUCUGUCGAUUUAACUAAGGGGUCUCCAGAUAUAAUACAAUAAUAAUACACCUUUUCCUUUACUUUCUAUUUUAUAGCUUUCAUUUAAAAAACAAACAAAAAAAUCAUUGUUAUGCUUCCUCAUUGUUCUUCAUUAAACAAAUAAUCUAAACGUGUAUUACUCAGACAGGAACCCCUCACCAGCUUUGAACAACAGCUAGGGCCAUGAUAUUAUUUGCACUUAUACUACAUGAUAAAGAAAAUGAAUAAACAUUUACACAUUUACUUCUGACGUUCAUAAUAUUUGAAAUGAUUCUGUUUUUGUGAGAAAAAUGUUGGCUGAAUUUGGCUUAAACUUCUUUUGUGUUUGUUUUGGUCUCUAUUUUCAAUCUGUACAUUUCACAUUUCAUUGUUUUAUCUCGACGCUUUCUUACUGAUCAUUUGUUUACUCUCCUAAGAUAACAUUGUUGUUUUUUUCUGUAAAAUAAAACCAAUAUA